GUGUUUCCUCGGAAGAUAUCCAUCCGUACUUGUAAGUGAAACUAAAAUUAGGGUUUCAGUUUACAAUCUCAUUUUACCUCUUGUUAUAUCCGAUCCAUUUUAUUUCUCUGUUGCAUAUAAUUCAAAUCCAAAACUUUGUAUUAUACACAAAUUACAAAUGGUGGAAAGGAAAGUGUACAAAACGAAACUAUGUGUGCUUUAUCAAAGAGGACGUUGUAAUCGCCAAACUUGUUCUUUUGCUCAUGGCAAUACCGAACUACGUCGUUUCUCCGAUUCCACUGCUGCUGGCGAAAGGCGAGAUUUUCGUGGUCGUGACUUGAGAGAGAAGCUUGAUAGAAGGCGUUCUCCAGUGGGCAGAUACUCCUAUGAUAGAGAUGCAAGAGAGAGACAUGCAUCCGGUGAUCCUGUGGUCAGAUACUCCUCUGAUAGAGAUGCAAGAGAGAGACAUGCAUCCCGAGAACCCAUGGUCUCUGAUAGAGAUGCAAGAGAGAGACAUGCAUCCCGAGAUCCCAUGGUCUCUGAUAGAGAUGCAAGAUUAAUACAUGCAUCCCAUGAUCCUGUGGUCAGAUACUCCUCUGAUAGAGAUAGAGAUGCAAGAGAGAGACAUGCAUCCCGAGAUCCCGUGGCCUCUGAUAGAGAAGCAAGAGAGAGACAUGCAUCCCGUGAUCCCAUGGUCCCUGAUAGAGAUGCAAGAGAGAGACAUGCAUCCGGUGGGCGCACUCCUACUGAAUCUGUUGGGAGGAGGAGUGAUAGAAAGCGCAGGAUGAAACAUCAUUCGGAUUGUCAAAGUGAUAUCUCUCGAAGUUUGAACAUGUCGGAUGGGACAGGAGAUCAUGUGAAGGAGAAAAAACAUUUAUCUUCCAAUUCCAAAGAUGUCCUUCAGCUUAAGCAGUUGCAAUCUGAAAUCAAUAUGUUGGAUGACCAAAAACGAGAACUGGAGAUGUACCUUGAAGAGACAACUUGUGAGGCAGAAGAACUAGCUUCAAAGGUUCAGGACCUUGAGAUGGAACUUUUCAAGGAAAAGGAGGAAUGUAAAAGGACUACUUCGAAGGUCAAGUUGUUCAUUGAAGCAUAUAAUAAUCACUCACGGGUAGAAGGAGAACUAAAGAGGUCAGAAGCUCAGCUUCAAAAGCUCGCUAAUAGACUCAGCUCAGAUUUCGUCAGAACCAGUGCAAGCGAGGAGGAUUUGGCCAUCAAUGUAAGUGAUGGAGGGUUGGCUGGUAAUCAUUUUAGCUCAUUGGAUGAGCAGCAGAAGAAUACUUCACCUACCAAGAAAAGGCCAAGAAUUCAUCGUGAAGCAGAUGAAACCACAAAUCAAGCUUCAACAAAAGGAAAAGGAGAUGCUUCGCAGAGGAUUGCUUAUCCUACUCAGCUGAAUAAUGAGAAGAAAGAGAAGGCAGAGUUCAAUCGGGAGAAUGGGCAUAGGACCGUAGUGGGUGAAGAGAUGUCUAAGAAGGGAAUAAACUUUUCCAGUGAUAUGGCUUUCACAAACAAGCCCAAAGCUUCUGAUAUUGGCGUUGUUUUGCCAUCAACCAGCAUGGCUGCUCAUGCAGCGGAUGAAGAUGUUGAAGUUGUCGAGACGGAGGUUGAAGUAACUGGGAAUACUACAAGAAGAGCUGGGAAGGGAACUCCUUCUGGUAUCCGAGAGUAUCCUUUUCUACCCCCACCUCCUCCCCUCCCGCCAGGUGGUUAUUUGCAGCAUAAGCGUGAUAAUGCAGAUGGACUUGAUGAUGAGAUGUUGGAAGUCGAUAUUGUUUAGCAUAGUGAUCAAUAUAGGAUGACUGCGUACACAGCUGGUGCAUAUGUAGAGGAAUAGAGCUAACGAGCUGGGAACUAUGGUUGACCUGGCCUACCCAUACAAGUUUUGAGCUGGAUACUAAAUUAAGGUUUUUAUCGACCAUAAGAGUUAAAUAUGAGGAUUUUGAGCUUGAUUACCAUAUUUCUUUUUGUAUAGCAGGUUGUUAAUAUGGAAUUAAUAGUUUUCAGUCUCUUAAUCUUUGCGUACGUGAGGCGCUUGUCUAUGAAUAGUAACUAUGUUGGUGUAGAAUGUGCGAACUCUUAAGCCUUGACAAGAAGCAUAGUGAAUAGGUGGGAUAAGGAGUCAACUCCUCCCUUUUUUUUUCUUUUCGUUUUGAAAUGUAAUAUUGCAACAAACAAGUUAACAUGAACCAUAAAUAAGUUGCAUAGUUUUCAGAACA